CCCGUAUCUUCUUCGGACCUGCUGCGCGACCAGUUGAUCGAAAAGAAGUCCGCAAGAAGGGAUCUAAAACAAUCAAUUCAUAGGCGAUAUUCCCUUUUGCAGAGUCGCCUUUCUCUGCUCUAUUGGCCCUUAUUCAAAUCCGUGUUGGUGGUUGGGUCUGAAGUGCUUUUCCGCUCUGCCUCUCCAGCUGCGCAAGCCGCAACCAUGACGAGCAUCGAUGAGCUCUUCAAGAAACCCUCCUCGGCAGCAAGUGCCAAGCGAAAACUAGAUUCUGCGAAAGACCCGAACGAGCUCUACAAAGCUGCUAAACUAGAUGCGGAUGGAGAUGUGAAAUCAAAAGGAAAGGCGCCCAUGGUAGAGGAUGAGGGCGACGAGGAUGAUGGCUACGCGGGCCCUGAACUACCCCCCGAUUUUGACGCCGAGGAUAUCCCAGAUGACGAAGAAGGACGCUUCUUCGGCGGCGGCAUGGAGCGCCAAACGGCGGAGGCUAUGCAAUAUAUCGAUCAACACGAGGAAGCAGAUGUUGCGCCGGAGAAGUUCGACGUUACCUGGUUGCGACGCUUCGCCUUGAACUUCGAGAAGAAGAUCUCGAAGAACGCUGAAUUGCGCGGAAAGUUUGAAAAUGAUCCUCAAAAAUUCAUGGCCUCGGAAGCAGAUCUCGAUACCGAAAUCAAGAGCCUAUCCAUCCUCUCCGAGAAUUCAUAUCUAUAUAGCGAAUUUGCAAAGCUGGGCUGUGUAGGCUCGCUUAUGUCGCUGCUUUCCCACGAGAAUGCCGAUAUUGCAAUUGAUGUGAUCCAGAUCAUUGGCGAGUUGACGGAUGAAGAUGUGGAGGCCGAACAAGAACAAUGGGACAGUUUGGUGAACGCAAUGUUGGAUGCCGAACUUAUCGAGCUCUUGGCGCAAAACCUUUCGCGACUUGACGAAGAGUCCGAGGUCGAUAGGGCAGGCGUGUACUACGUACUAAACGUCUUGGAAAAUAUUGCUUCGCAAACAGCUAUCGCAGAGAAGAUAGGGCAAGACCCCAACUUGUUACCUUGGCUUAUCGCUCGUAUACAGAAGAAGGAAAGGCCAGUGACGCAAAACCAGCAAUAUGCAGCAGAAAUACUUGCCAUCCUACUACAAUCAACCCCCAAGAAUAGGGAGAAGGUCGUCAGCCUGGAUGGCGUUGAAAUUCUCCUGCAAUUGCUUAGUGCAUACCGCAAGCGUGAUCCCGAAAAGGAUUCCGACGAAGAAGAAUAUGUGGAGAACUUGUUUGGCAGCUUGAACUACCUUGUGAAUGAGGAUUACGGCAAAGAAAAAUUCCUGGAAGCUGAAGGUGUUGAGCUUGCACAAAUCAUGUUGAAGGAGGGCAAGUUCAGCAAGCAACGGGCUUUACGACUCCUGGACCACGCCCUAGGAGGCAUGGCAGGCGCUCCUGCAUGUGAACGCUUUGUUGAAGCAGCAUGCUUGAGUACAGUAUUUGGGAUGUUCAAAAAGAAGCAAGACAAUGAAACGACGGAGCAUCUGCUGGGCAUUUUCGCUUCGCUGCUGCGCUUACUUCCGGGCGGUUCCGCACCACGGAUUCGUACACUAGCCAAAUUUAUGGAGAAGGACUAUGAGAAGAUCGAAAAGCUCAUCAAGUUGCGCCGGGAUUACGCCCAACGAGUGACACCGGUCGAGCAAGCUAUCGAGAAAGAACGAAAGAACUUCACGGAAGAGGAACAAGAGAUUAUGGCGGCCGAGUGGCUGUCCAGGCGAUUCGAUGCCGGUCUAUUUUCUUUACAGCUUAUUGAUGUCAUUUUGGCCUGGUUGGUGGCCGAAGAUGACGGGGCAAAAAAGAAGAUUGUGUCCCUUCUGGCUGACCGCGACGAAGAUUUGUCACUGAUUAGACAAACCUUACAGGAGCAAAUGGAAGGGCUAUCUGAGGAUGAGCCCGGCGAGAAGGAUAGUAAGGAGAUGCUGGAGACGCUUCUACAGUUCCUGUAAUCAUUAUGUAUAAUAACAUAUCGCGUAGCAUACGGC